CCGCCCGCCGGGCAGUCAGCUGACGGGCGCCCGGGAGGCCACGGGCGCCCGGGAGGCCGCGGCCGCAAACAUGGCGGCCGAGAUCCACUCCAGGCCACAGAGCAGCCGCCCGGUGCUGCUGAGCAAGAUCGAGGGCCACCAGGAUGCCGUCACGGCCGCGCUGCUCAUCCCUAAGGAGGACGGCGUGAUCACGGCCAGCGAGGACAGGACCCUCCGAGUAUGGCUGAAGAGAGACAGUGGACAGUAUUGGCCCAGCAUUUACCACACCAUGGCCUCUCCUUGCUGUACCAUGGCUUACCAUCACGACAGCAGACGGAUAUUUGUGGGCCAGGAUAACGGAGCUAUGAUGGAAUUUCACAUUUCUGAAGAUUUUAAUAAAAUGAAUUUUACCAAGACCUACCCAGCUCACCAGAACAGGGUGUCUGCCAUCGUCUUCAGCGCGGCCACCGAGUGGGUGAUCAGCACUGGCCAUGACAAGUGCUUGAGCUGGAUGUGUGUGCGGAGCGGGAGCAUGCUGGGCCGGCACCUCUUCUCCUCCUGGGCCUCGUGUCUCCAAUACGACUUUGAUACUCAGUACGCUUUUGUUGGUGAUUAUUCUGGACAGAUCACCCUGCUGAAGCUUGAGCAGAGCACGUGUUCAGUUAUCACAACCCUCAAAGGACAUGAAGGUAGUGUUGCCUGCCUCUGGUGGGACCCUAUUCAGCGGCUGCUCUUCUCGGGAGCAUCUGACAACAGCAUCAUCAUGUGGGACAUCGGAGGCAGGAAAGGCCGGACGCUCUUGCUUCAGGGCCACCAUGACAGGGUGCAGUCACUGUGUUACCUUCAGCUCACAAGGCAGCUCAUCUCCUGCUCCUCAGAUGGCGGAAUUGCAGUGUGGAACAUGGACGUGAGCAGAGAGGAGGCUCCUCAGUGGUUGGAAAGUGAUUCCUGUCAGAAAUGCGAGCAGCCCUUUUUCUGGAAUAUAAAGCAGAUGUGGGACACGAAGACACUGGGCUUGAGACAGCAUCACUGCCGGAAGUGCGGGCAAGCCGUGUGUGGAAAAUGCAGCAGCAAACGUUCCAGUUACCCGGUCAUGGGCUUCGAGUUCCAGGUCCGAGUGUGUGACUCGUGUUACGACUCCAUCAAAGACGAAGAUCGGACUUCUCUAGCAACCUUCCAUGAAGGGAAACACAACAUUUCACACAUGUCCAUGGACAUCACCCGGGGGCUGAUGGUGACGUGUGGGACGGACCGCGUGGUAAAGAUCUGGGACAUGACGCCUGUGGUGGGCUGCAGUCUGGCGACUGGAUUUUCCCUGCACUGAUCCAAGACCUGGCGAUGGCCCAACCUUACAAACAGUGACCUCCACCUGCCGAAACCCUUCUGUGUAGCUCCAUGGCCACUGUCACGUGAAGGACAGCAGCCACUUAAAGACAUUUUUCUAAAGAAUACAAUAUAAAGGAACUCACCCGUGGGAACCAACUCGGAACGGUCUGUGGCGGUUCCCGAGGAGUGGAAUGGCUUCAUUGAAACUUCCUCGUGAACCGAAGCGCGUGGGUGAGGAGCGUCCCCUCGCGGAGAGAGUUUUAGAGGGGGAAAAAAUUGAACAAAACGUUAAUGUUUAGAACUUUCUUAACACUGUCCCAAGCACAAUCACAUCCACACAGACCAGCAGGCCUUCCGAGGGUCCAGAGGCUCCCAGUUGUCAGAGCAGGAGUUGGGGGAGGACAAAGUGAAGAAGCCAGGGCCCACCCUCCUUGCCGGCAGUGUGCGAAGGUGGCUCUGGCUUCGCCAUACGUGGUGUCUUCGGGUUGUGCCAUAAUCCGCACACAGCAUUUGGUCCAUUUCAGUGGCUUCCCUUCCAGAGAAACCCUUCCAUGUGUCACAGGUAAACCUUUGCAGCUGUCGUGAUGUCAGUCAUGAGACUUGUGUAGCAACCAAGUCCGUCCACAUCCUUCCCUUCCCCCAGUGCACCCUGAGGAUGUUUUUCUAUGGUGCUGUUAACAGGAGAGUCACACAAGUCACCUGACAUUUCCUCGCUGCAGCUAGGAACGACUUAGAAAAGCCAGCUGGUAGCCCGCGGGCGCUGGGAAAUGAUCAGCCUGCUCUGUGGAACAUGUGGCCCUCCUAACAGACACGUUCUGUUCGUAGUCCCAAGACGAGCCCCUGCGAUACUGUGGCAAUUUAAUAUCCUCUUCAGAAAAGUACUCCAAAGCUUUGAAAUGAUGCUGACUGUUAGUCGGAAUGAGUGUUUGCCACAUUCCAUAGGAGGAACUUGGUGGCCAGAGCUAUAAUUAUCAAUCACGUGUUGUAUAGGAAUUCCUAACUGGUAAAUCACUUUCAUCACAACUAGCAAAAAUUAUUUAAAAGCUGUUGUUUUAAACCUUUGAACCCAAGUUCUAGGAUGAGGCAGAGGUUAAGGAAUGGAGAGCCUAUCUUUCAAUAUUAAAACACUUAUCUCUGGGCCGGGGAUUUAGCUCAGUGGUUUCAGUGCCUGCCUUGCAAGUGCAAGGUCCCAAGUUCGAUCCUCAGUACCAAAAAUAUAUAUAUAUAUUUAUCUCUGUGUUUGUUUGUUUGAACAAUGGCACAUGUGUCUAUUCCUUCAGGGCUGUGGGAGUGAGUGUUGAAGGACGUACUUUUUAAAAAAGGGCAAAUGUAAAAACAGACAGGAACAGUAUCUUUGUUAGCCUUACUAAUGGAUAUUGGGUUUUUUUGUUUGUUUUUUUUGUUUUUGGUUCCAGAGAUCAAACUCGGGUCCUUGCACUUGCGAGAUAGGCAGCGAAACCACUGAGCUAAAUCCUCGGCCCCUGGAUAUUGACUUUUUUUUAAAACCUACUGCAUCACUGUGUUGGGUUCAUAUUAAGGCAACAUGGUCGUUCUGUAUGGUGAAACUAGAGGACUAAAUCUGGUUUACAUCCAUGGCUUACAGGGAUAGAAAAGUUCAUGACAGGCAGUUAAGCUAGAGUCUUACUGACUGUGUGAUACAAGUGGAAAGGAAAGGAAAGUCAGUUGGGCACGCUGUAUUCCGGAAGGAUCUGCAUGAAAUCUGAUUGUCUUCAGAAUGAGGCCGGAAGGAAGGCUUUUGUUGUUCUUUAAAUUUUUUGUGUUACAUCAUCUUAAAACAUUGUUUCCUUUAACACUUCUUCAACUCUUUACAAAAUAUAUGUUACUAACAUAAUUUGGAAGGAAAACUGAGUGAUAACUUUUAAAACAUAAUGUUUAACAUUCAAUUUCAUAUAUUAACUUUCAUUCAGUUAAUGGUUUGGUCCAUACAAAGGUUCUAUCCUCGGAUUUUAAGUCCCAAAAGGAAAAUAGAAUGUGAUCGAGUCCUUGCCCUGUGAAAGAGUGCAGAGCUGUGGUUUUUGUUGCCUUUGAACUUCUGUGAAAUGUGACACUCUCAUGUCUGUGGUAAAUUGAAUGGAAUAUCACAGCUGCUGAGAAUAGUGCAUAGCUUUCCAAUAUUUUUAUUUUAAAAUGUUCUUGAUGAAAAACUCUGUUCCAUAAAGAAUGUAAAAGUUGUUUCAGGCCUUUUACAGAGUUAAUAUGAGUCACGGGAGAAAUUUAUAUUUAAGGAAGAAUUUCCUUAAGUAUGUUUUAACAUAGAUUGCUGUCCACCUAAGCCUACAAUCUCUUUUCUUUUCAAAAACAUGUUUCUGUUACACGUUAGGCAGCAAAUGGGGUAAUAUUUUUUAUAGGAGUGGGGAAAAAUUAUUUUCUCAGUUGUACUGACAAGGCAUACAAAGAAGGUACAGAUAGUCUCAUAGUUAUUUUGACUUUCUCAUGAAUGGGUCACCUAAUAUAGUUCUUCAAGUGACAGUUUCCUGUUCUUUCCUUUCCCGAAUCUUCAGGCUAAUUUGUAUGAAUAGGGAUUGAGAAGUACAGAAUAUUAGAGAAGAUGCUUAUAUUCAGCUCUUGUACAUAUGUAACGAGGAAAUGCCGGUUCUUCAUCAUCAACACAUUUUAAAAUUGUCUAUUAGUCCAAGUGAUAGAAGUACCCCUAAUAGCAUUACAUAGAAACAAAUUAUUAUUCAUUAUACUGUAUUGUAAAUCUGUUUACUACGCCCUAUUUCUGUCUUGCUCCCUGGAGGAUAUAAGCAGAAAAUAAUGUAUUGCUUUAGAAGAUAUUACUUUGUUCCCUCCCAUAGCAAUUCAAUUUGUUCGUAUCUGUUUUUUAAACGGUUGAAUCCCAACCCAAAUAUGUGAUGUGUACUAUAGCAGCUCAGAUCCAAGGAGAUAUUUUCUAAAAUCAAUUUUCUUUAAAGUACUUUCUGCUUCCAUUUCUGGAUCUGGUAUCUCCUAAAAAGUAAGAAACCAGUUACUAUUAGUGAUAAAUCAUCUGCUCAUUAUCAAUGUGAGGUUUAACAAGUAAUACAUGCUGCAUUUAUUCAACUGUUUAUUGCUUAAUUGUUAAUUGUGAGCAGAUUAUUGAAUGCCUCCUCCAUAUUUCUGCAGUUUCCUAUACAUAACUCUUUGAGUAAGCUGAAGUUUAAUUGUGCAGCACAUUUGUAGUAGAGUACAAAUAAAGUGUUUUUCUCUACAACCUUUUUUGACCCGGAAACAAAAGGUGAUGUUAACUAGUACACUUUGUUUUUAUACUAGCCAUGUUUCUAUGAGAUAUGAUGCCCUGUGUAUCCCAGAGAGGCUAGAAAACUUUGUUCUUUGCUCCUAUUUGUGGGUGCGUUUUUGUGGGGGAUUUUGGAGAAUAUGCAUACAAUAAAAUAUCCCUUGCUUGUUACUGUGCUGCUUAAUCGAGCUUUUCUUACGUUUAAUCUAGACCUAGGGCAAUAAUAGUAUCAGUCAUUUAUUUGACACCUUCUGUGUGCUGGUUGCUUUACCUGCAUUGUCUCACUCAAUCUUGGCAACGCUCUGCAUGGCCUUAUUUUCCCCCAUUCAUGUUUCACAGACAAGGAAACCACAAAGAUUCUGUCUCUCUGUCCAUCUGCCUGACACAGACAUGUGCCACCUACCCGGCCUCCCCACACUCAGCGUGUCCUGGUCUCCGUGCGAGGCUGUGGGCACCGUGCACUUGCAGAGUGAGAGGGCCAGUGUGCAACAUCAGUCAGUGUAGGCAGGGUGCUCAGGCCCUCGGGCUGCCCUGCCCGGAGCUUUGGGGGACACUGGUCCCCUCUUCUCCCCGAAGCCAUUCAGGCUGGUCAGUUAGGACUCAGUGGUGCAGACCCAGAGCUGAUUCCUCAGCUAACGCAGUGAGGUUGUCUUAGCCAGUCUGUUACUGUGUGUUCUUCAGAAACAGUUACAGCUUGCUUUUAGCAUCAAUGUAUUUUUUAUAAUAGAAAAAGAAACGAUACUACCAAAUAAUAUGAAGCAAGUUUACUACCACCCAAAGAAAACAUUAAACAUACUGUAUAUCUUUCUGAUGUUUUUAAAAAUACAUAUGUAACACACACCUAGAGAUCACUGUAAUGGGAAUGUACUUAUUUUUCCACUUGGUACCUUAUUCAUAGUUUACGUAUGUUAAAAAAUAGAUUUCCAUGUGAAUAUUUUUAAUUGGUGCGUGGUUGUAGUGCAUAAUGGCCGUGGCUUUCUGGGCUCUCGGUGGGAUCCUGUGUCUGCAGCACUUGGAGGUCUAGUUAGACUUGUGAUCUGCUAGGCAAAUGCAGUAGGGGCAGAAGCCUUUCAUUGCUGAUGAGAGACUGCAGUGACAUUUGUUCAUGGAGGUCGUGGAGAGAGAAGUGUGAGUGACUGUGUGUGUGUGGGGGGGGGUGUUAACUGCAGCCUGAUCUAGCCUGUAUGUAUAGCAAUAUUCUGCUUUUCAUCAUGAGAUAAACCAUUGCUUUUUUCACCAGUCCUAAGUUGCACUUAGAUUAUAAAGGUUGAAUAUCUCUUAUCUGACAUGCUUAGGAGCAGAAGAGAUACCGGAUUCUGGGGUUUUCUGGAUUCUGAACUAUCUAUAUAGACUUUACUGGUUCAGUAUCCCUAAUCCUGAAGUCUGUCAAAGUUUGAAACUUUUUGAAUGCUGACAUGACACUUGUGGAUCAUUCCAGAUUUGGGGUUUUCAGAUUUCAACCUGUGUAUGUUUAGAUUAUUUAUCCUAUUUUUGUGAGACAAGGUCCUACUAUGUAGCCUAGGCUGGCCUUGAACUCUUGAUCCUUCUGCCUCAGCCUCCCAAGUGUUAGGAGUAUAGGGAUGUACCACCAUGUCCAGUUUUUUUUAGCAUUUUAAUUAAAACAUUAAAUAAGACACUAAGCACAACAUCUUUGUAUGUCUAGCUUUGCCCAUUUUUCCUUAAAUUCUUAAAAGUAGGAAUUGGUUUAAGCUCUGACAAUUCAAACUCUGGUCUGUAUGACCUCAGAAUCCAUCCUCAUUUUUCUAGUACCAUUUCUGGCUCUUUCAUAUUUGAAACAUUUAUAUAUAUAUGUAUGUAUGUAUGGAAUUUGACACUAUGCAGAAAAAGCAACUGGAAUUUGUUUACAACAUUAGCAGGGCACUGUGGUUUUGUACAUUAGUAUAUUCUCUGGAAGCGUGAGGUCUAAGGCCAGGAGACACGCUAGAACUCUGCUCACCAUUCAUUUUCUUUUCCUUCUAGAAUCAUGAGUUGGUGGUGGCACUGGUAGGUAACUUCUGUGGUGAUCAUACCAAGUUUACUACAAACUGAUCAUUCACUUCAAUAUGUCUGAAGGAACAGUGAUUCUCAAUCUGUUUUAUGAUACCUAUUUUACUUUUAUUUGAAUUAGAUGAAUGUUAAUGCAUAGCAAAGAAUGUAGGGAGUGUCACCAGAUCAAGCUAAGAAAAUUUAAACUUGGGAAUCACUUUUCUAGGUUAUGGCAGUUAAAACCAUGAGACUCUUCUUCGGUUUUUGAGACAGGGUCUUGCUCCAUAGUUCAGACCGACCUUGAACAUUGUAGGCCACGCUGGCCUUGAACUCAGCGAUCCUCCUGCCUCAGUGCUGGGAUUACAGGCAUGUACCACUGCAUCCGGCAAAGCCAUGACACUCUUUAAGGAAUUUUUACAUAAAUUUUCCCUUGUUCCUAUAGUGUUUGAGAAUUGUCAGUUUCUUUACAAACUCUACCAUGAAAAUUAAACCCAACCAGUGACGUCCCAAAACAAUCCCAUGAUUUUAGUAUUUCUGUGUGUCAUUACCUUAUUAAAUAAAUAUGAUGUUAAA